AUGAACAGCCGUGAAGCACAGAGGGCGCCACACAAUGGACCCCCGCCCGGACAACCGGACUACUGCCGCCUAGCUCGGGACGAGUCGCGACACAGCCUCGAGCGCCCGGGCUCGCCCGUCGACGCCAGCUUCGUCCGUGCCCGCUCGGCAGGCUAUAUAGGCCAGGACGGCCAGGACGGCAGCUGCGUGCCCGUCGACGCAGAUCACCACGAAUCUGCCUCCUCUUUCCACGGCAACGACGGCGAUAUCACGAUGCUCAACCUCGACCGCUUCCAGAGCAGGGCCUCGACCCUCAUCGACAGGCCUUACGUGCUCACCGGCCAGUCCGGGGACGCGCCGGACGACGAGCCCCGGCAUCACAAGCUCGACAUGCCGACACCGGGUCCGUCGGGCGGCGCAACACCGACCACGGCGGCCGCCGACGACGGGCAGCUUCUGUACAUAGCCAAGGGCGACAAGAAGUUCCAGCCGCCGUGGUUCCUGCUUGGGCCAUCGGUCGCUGUGCUGCUCCUCACGGCGGGGCUGGCGACGAUUAUGGUCGUCUGGAUCCAGACGCACCGGCUGCCGCUCGAGAGCGAGGGCGUCAUCUUUGUGCGCGAGGGCGUCGAGGACGAGCCGGACCGACCAUAUACCAACCCGUCGAUCGGGCGCGACAACGAGCUGCGCUUCAACACCCAGAUUGCGCACAGCACGGGCCUCAGCUUCUCGACGGUCAUUUCGACGGUUGCCGGCGCCUCCAUCUACCCGUACAUGGCGCUGAUCGCCUACAGCCUGGCCACCGACUGGCUCAUCCUCCAGGCGCGCGUCGCCGAGAGCCCUUCGGCGGCGCUGCGCGAGAAGCUGCCGACGCCGAUGCAGUACGCGCUGCUCCUCCAGCUCUGCAGCAGCCAGUCGCUCGAAGCCGUGUGGAACACGCUGCGCCACAUCUUCCUCGAUCGCGGCUCGCGCGCCACCGUGCCCGGCCUGCUGAAAAAGGCCGUCACCUGGCUGAUUGUGCUCCUUCUCGUCAACACGGCCAUCGCCUGGACCGACUUCUGGCUCCACGAGACGGUCAAGAUUGUCCAGAUCGUCCACGUCGAUCCGCAAUCCGAGAUGCGCGGGUACGGCACGGCGCUCAACACCACCCUCUGUCCCGAGUUGGAGCUGUCGCAGGGGCCCGACGCUGCGGCGCCGCUGCCCUGCCUGGUCAGCAUCGACCCGACGACGGGGCAGCCCACGUUUGCCGAGGGUCCGGAUCUCGAGUCGCUGCAGGUCAGAUCCGAAGGGUCGCUGACCUUUGAAGGCCUCUCGACGACGCACGCCGUCGACGACCUGAGCCUGCCCGAGCAGACGUCGCGCCUGGAUCGACUGCGCAUGCGCUUCUCGCCGAGUGCGGUGGCCAAGAACGACUCGCUGGUCUUUGCGACGGCGCCAGGCAUCGAUGGCGGCCAGAUCUUCCACAUGCCCACCAUCGGCCUCGAGACCGAGUGCCAGAUGAUUGCCACGUCCUGCGCCCACGACCCGACCUCGUUCGACUGCACCAACGCCGGCUAUCCAGAAAUUCGCAGCGAGCUGGGCUUGGACCUCGCCGCGCGGUUGCAGCUGGUCACGCUCGCCGACCGGUCCCAAAGCGCGGCCGACGGCUCUACUCAUGUCGCCUUCAAGCCGGCCAACCCGAUCCGGGUGGGCGUGGUGACGAGCUACAUGGACUCGAACACGAGCGACGUCGCGGGCACCGGCUUCGAGACGAUGCAGCAAUCGCAGCAAGGCGGCGGCGGUGGCAGCGUUCACUUUGUCUACUCGAUCGCCGUCUGCAGCCUGAGCUUCUACGAGCUCGACGUCGACUUCUUCAACUCCACCUUUAGCCUGCGCGGCGACCGACGGCUGGCUCCCGACUCGCUGGCGUUCCAGCUGUCGGGCCCGCUCGUCUCUGGGCGCGUGGGGCGCACGCUGGGCUCGGCGCUGUCGGCCGUGACGGGGCGGCUCGAGGGCGAGCACUUUGCGGCUGAGCUCGGGUACACGCUGGGCUACGCGCUGCUGUCGGAGGCGUCGGGCCUGCUGGCGCCCGUCGAUGUGGCCGUGCUGCAGUCGGAGCGCGUGCUGGCGAGCCAGUACCCGGUCGUGGCCCUCUACUUCUACUUUGGGCUGCUCUACUCGUAUGCGCUCGUGGCGCUGAUCCUGUUUGCGUGGGCGUGGAGCUCGUCGUCGGACUCGGUGGCCUACGACUGCCCGCGGACGGGGAGGCGCGUCGAGAUGCCCGCCGCCACGCUGGCGCAGCGCGUCCUCAUGGACCCGGGCCGCCUGAUUGCGAGCCACCUGGGCGGCAACCAGACGCACGCCCACGGCGCCACGCUCGCAUCGGUCGCCACGAUGCUCGCCCACGCCGCGCCGGGUGUCGGGGGCACCAACAGCGAAAAGGCCGGCAUCCAAGACUCGGCGACGUCGACGGGCGUGCAGGCGGGGAUCCUGCCGCUGAACCGUCAAGCCGUUUUGCGGACGACGGCGACGGACAUGUUGGAUCUGUUCGACGAACCGGUGCACCAGGAGCGCCUCGUCAUUGGCCUCGAGACGGGCGGUCGAGGCUUUGGCGUUUGGCCCGUGUCGCAGGCGACCGGAGCCGUGGGCCAGGCUGGUGGUGGCGGUGGGCGGAGCGGCAAGCGCGACAGCCUGAUCCGCGCCUCGAACCUGUUGCACCACCCGCUCCAGAACCACCAACAGCAUUGCGACCAGCCUGUUUGCAAUCGCGAUCAGGACCAGGACUUUGCGCCGGCUGGUGGCCGUUACCGCUGA